ACAGUCCACUCUACGCACGCAGGCAGGGAGGGCAGGGGCUACUAACUCUAGGAUUCUGUUCGCCGGAGGACAGUCCCGUAAUUGCGCUCCGCAUAAUGCCUGCGAGUGUGCCACUGCCACUACAGUGCCCGCGCCACUGUUUUAAAUCCCCUGCCGCCGCUCAACCCCGCCGUCCCCCCUCUCCGGCUCUCCGCGACGAGAUCCUCUGCACCGGCUCUCCCCCAUUCCAUCCAUUCUCCCAAAACAGCACUUUCGAAUUCCACGGCCGCGCCGCUCCCCACCCACCAUUCUGCGAUUCUCCCACUGGAAACGGAGGGGAGCGCCAUGGCGUACAUGUGCGCGGACAGCGGCAACCUCAUGGCCAUCGCGCAGCAGGUGAUUCAGCAGCAGCAGCAGCAACAGCAGCACCAGAGGCACCACCACCACCUGCCGCCGCUCCCGCUCCCGCUCCCGCCGCGCCAGGCGCCGCCGAUGCCGCCGGCCCCGGCCCCGGCUUCCCCGCACGGCCAGAUCCCGGCGGCAUCCCUACCGUACGGCGGCGGCGCGUGGUCCCAGGCGGACCAUUUCUUCCCUGACGCCUUCGUCGGAACGUCCCCGGCCGACGCGGUGUUCCCGGACCUCUCCGCCGCCGCGGACUUCGACUCCGAUGUGUGGAUGGACAGCCUCAUCGGGGACGCACCGGUCUUCGCGGACUCCGACCUCGAGCGCCUCAUCUUCACCACCCCGCCGCCGCCCGUCGACGCGGCGGCCCAGCCCGAGUCCGCCACUCGCGCGUCGCUUCCCCAGCCUGCCGCCGUCGCAACGGCGGCAGCGUGUUCCUCUCCGAGCUCCUUGGACGCCUCCUGCUCCGCGCCCAUCCUCCAGUCCCUCCUCGCCUGCUCCCGUACAGCGGCCGCUGACCCAGGGCUCGCGGCCGUAGAGCUCGUCAAGGUGCGUGCUGCCGCCUCCGAAGAUGGGGACCCCGCGGAGCGCGUGGCGUUCUACUUCGGGGACGCGCUGGCGCGCCGCCUGGCCUGCGGCGGCGGGGCGCAAGCGCAACCCUUGACGGCGGUGGACGCGCGCUUCGCCACCGACGAGCUCACGCUCUGCUACAAGACACUCAAUGACGCCUGCCCCUACUCCAAGUUCGCGCACCUGACCGCCAACCAGGCCAUCCUGGAGGCUACGGGCACGGCGACCAAGAUCCAUAUCGUUGACUUCGGGAUCGUGCAGGGUAUCCAAUGGGCGGCGCUGCUCCAGGCGCUCGCCACUCGCCCAGGGGAGAAGCCGUCCCGAGUGCGUAUCUCCGGUUUACCCUCGCCGUACUUGGGGCCAAAGCCAGCGACGUCCCUCGCCGCAACCAGUGCCCGUCUCCGCGACUUCGCAAAGCUUCUCGGGGUGGAGUUCGAGUUUGUCCCAUUGCUGCGGUCAGUGCACGAGCUGGAUCGGUCGGAUUUCUUGGUUGAGCCUGACGAGACUGUAGCCGUCAAUUUCAUGCUCCAGUUGUACCACCUUCUUGGCGACUCCGAUGAGCCCGUGCGGCGAGUCCUCCGGCUGGUUAAGUCACUCGAUCCAUCAGUCGUCACCCUUGGCGAGUAUGAGGUCAGUCUGAACCGAGCUGGGUUCGUCGACCGGUUUUCCAAUGCACUGUUGUAUUACAAGCCAGUGUUCGAGUCACUUGAUGUGGCGAUGCCACGGGACUCACCGGAGAGGGUGAGGGUGGAGCGAUGCAUGUUUGGGGAGCGCAUUAGAAGGGCCAUUGGGCCAGAGGAAGGCGCUGAGAGGACCGAUAGGAUGGCGGCUAGUAGGGAGUGGCAGACGCUGAUGGAGUGGUGUGGCUUUGAACCCGUCAAACUCAGCAACUACGCCAUGAGCCAGGCUGAUCUUUUGCUUUGGAAUUACGAUUCGAAGUACAAGUAUUCGCUUGUUGAGCUACCACCAGCGUUCUUAUCUCUGGCUUGGGAGAAGCGGCCGCUGCUCACCGUGUCUGCUUGGCGGUGAGUCCCUUUUUUGUGUAUUGGUGCUGUUGUAUGUAGCAUUGUCAUAGGCUCAGCGAAGAAAUGGAGAAAUUGGUUUUGCAUUGUCCCAAGAUGAUGGCAAUGGCUAGA